AUGGCAAGACAAGGCACACGGUCUAGCGGUAGACAAUCGGCCCUGAAGUGUGCAAUCUGCAACAGAACAUAUUCUAAAGCAGAACAUUUGCAGCCAUUUUCCUGUCGCAUCUGCGGACGGCAGUUUAGCAGGCCUGAUUCGGUGACAAGGCACGAGCGAACCCAUACUCGCGUCGAGCUUCAGCACCAGCAGCAGCAAGAGCAGCAGCAAAUUACAUGGUCCUUGUCUUCCGGUACACCAGAUUAUGCAAGCUUCCAAUCCGCUACCGACCAGCCCCAGAGUGGCAGCUAUCAAGCAGGUCCAGGCAUUGAGGCUGGUUCUCUACUUCUUGACCCAGCCUUGGCCAGCUCUGGGCUUGAUGAUCUCAGAAUUUCUCUAGAAUGGCCCGAUGCGGAAGCCCUCUUGCAAAGCAUCGUCACAUCUGACUGGGGUUCUCUAGCUCUUCCGCCAGGGAGCAUGUCCUCAGCUCACCCAUGCCAGCAGCCGGCACCACAGCUCAACCCUACAAAUAUUGAGUCAAUGCAUGCUGAUGAAACCCAGGAUCCAGAGCAACUAUCCCCCCCAAACGGCUCACGAGAGGCAAUUCAAAGUCUCAGUAAUAUGGUCACCAGCUUUUCACAAAACGUCACCUCGGCUGUGGAAGCUCUGCCAGAAUUGAGUUCAGCCUUUCUGGAUAACUGUCUUCAAGCAUUCUUUUCCCAUUUUAACCUCUACUUUCCCAUACUUCAUAGGCCGACAUUUGUCUUUCGAGACUGCUCACCAAGUUUAAUACUCAAUGCUAUCGCCCUUGGAUCGUUGUACAUUGGCACAGAAGACGCAGUUUCCAAAGGCGAGGUGUUAUGGAGACUCGCACACACUGCCGUAGCCACUUCUUGGCCAGUACUAUUACGCCAUAGAGGCCCUUACGAUUCACACAGAAGCGUUCAGCUGGUGCUGACCGCACUGCUCGGCCAAUGUUAUGCCAUGAUGUCUCAGAAUACGGACCUUAAGCUUACCAGUCAGGUGUUUCAUAGCCUAGGAUUCAACUGGGCAAAUCAGAACAACCUAUUUAGACCUUCACCAUCGCAACAGCCCACCAGCUCUCCAGAACAAGCCAUCGAUGAACAUACUUGGGAAAAGUGGGCUGCAACAGAGGUCCAUCACCGGGCACUCGUCGGCCACUACAUCCUCGAAGGUCAACUAGGCUAUCUUUCAGGUAGACCAGCAGCUGCGGUUUUGCAUGCAACAAACAAUCUGAGGCUUUCGGCCCGCUCCACCGUUUUCCAGGCACAGGAUGCCCAAGAAUGGCGCUAUAAGUCAGAGGAGCAGCAGCCCCAUGAUUCUACGUUUACGUUCUGUGACAUAUACUACGAGCUCUUCUCUGCUACUCAUCAUGGAGAUGAUAGUAGUUCCUGCUUGUACACCUUAUCAAUGCCACUGGAUGUCCGUGUCGUAUUGGAAUGUCUGCAUGCUCUAGUUCGGGACAACCGCGAGGCGCACACAUCCAAAUCCAUCGUCAAAAUCCCCUCGCUACCUGAAGUGAAGCUGGCGUUAGUGAGGGUAUUUCAGCAUUUGACCAAUACCUGGUCCUCAGACCAUACUGAGCGUCUAGAGCUGACAAUUCACUGGCAUUUUGUUUGUUUGGAUCUGCUCAGUGACUCAAUUGAGCUUCUUGACCAGACCUGUCGCUAUCUGCACAUCAGUCAACACAUUUUCAAGCCAAGGAACAGCAGAUCAGAGCUGAAAGAUUCACUAGAUUGGAUCAGAGGAUCUACUGAUGCCAAAUACGCUUUUCUACAUGCCGUAGCUAUACAGGACAUGAUAGGUCAGCUCCCGUUGAAUCGCAUCAAUACCUUCUGGAUGCCCAUACCUCUCUUCGCCGCAUCUAUACUUUACUCACAUUUCCGCUUGGGCGGUGUGGCAUCAGUUUCUGUUCCCACAGCUGUACACUGGGAGUCUACAUUAAUUGCUCAACCGAACAUUGCAGAAGCCCCAGAAAGCCUUGCACACGACCCAUCUUGGAGAAAGACACAAAGCUUCCUUUUAUCGGAUUUGACAAGGCCAAACUACGCGCUAGGUCCAACACGCAACAUUCCUUUUGACAUAAAAAAGCUAAAAGUGACGAUUCAUGGCCUGUCUAUUCAGUGGGGUGUGUGUGUCGAAAUGGGGACAAUCUUAUCACGUCUUGAGACUAUAAAUCCUUUAAAAGAUUGAGCAAAUGAUCAGGAAGAUGGUUUGUAAAAUCAUAGCAUGCA